AGAUCAAAAUGAACGGAGAAUGGAAAUCAGCUCUCCGAUUGCAAAUCGAGGCACUCGCCAAAAGAAACGAAUUGCACCGUAAAUCAUCAGUUGACGAGAUUAAGAAGCGAACGGUAGAUAUGGACAAGCGAAUUGUCAAACUUCGAGAACUUGUUGGUUCAAGUGCUAAUGACGCUGCCCUAUUUUAUUUGGAGUGUGUAUGCCAUGCAGACGAAACAGAACGUCUUUUAAACCGAGGAAGUUCAGUGGGAAAAGAGAAGAAAUGGAAAAAGGUGAAGCGAAAAACAAGCUCAUCAGUAGCUCCGCCAUUAUCCCGAACAAUAUCGUCCCUUCCAGGUGUGUCAUCUCCUGAUGUUAUUCAAACUAUUGAUGUAUCAGCCCUUGAAGACCAAACGCCUCAACGUCCGCACUGGUGGGACCAAUUUCAAUUGUACAGACGAACAGACUUACUUCGGUUUUCCAAGCAAAAUGAUCGACGGGAGCUGUGGAGAACGCAGAAAGAUUUCUUCCUCUCUUGCCUUGGAUUCAUGGUUGGAGUCGGGCACACUAUGCGGUUUCCAGCAAAAGUCUAUCAGCAUGGUGGAGGCGUUUUCUUUAUCCCGUACCUGUUUUCGCUAAUAUUUUUUGGUCUUCCAUUAGUAUUUUUGCACUUAUCAUUAGGUCAGUAUACUGGACAGGCAGCUAAUACAGCGUUUCAGAGAUUGAUGCCAAUUGGAUCAGGAGUUGGUUGGGCUUUGGUUGUGAUUGCAAUUCCGGUAGCGGUUUAUUACAAUAUUAUUGUGGCUUGGGCAAUUCACUACUUUUUUCAAUCGGCAAAAGGACUUUUGUUGGGAGACGAACUACCAUGGGAAACUUGUAGAGACGAAUGGCAACUAGACAACCGUUGCUGUAACUUGCACAACUUGCAUAGCUGCUUCAAUUCUACAAACUCUAUCACUGCACCAGAAGCAUUUUUUCAUUCCGAAGUUCUUUCAUUAUCAACAUUUGGGGAUUUUGCGUUGGGCCCCCUACAAUCUCACUUGGUGCUAUCCUUAGCUGCUGCGUGGCUUUUGGUCUUUUUUGGAGUGUUUAAGGGUCUUGGAUCAAUUGCUCAAACUAUGAACGUAACUGCUACUGUGCCAUAUUUACUGUUGUCUAUUCUAUUACUGCGUGGAAUUAGUCUGCCCGGAGCCAACAAGGGGCUUACAUUUUUAUUCACUGUCGAUAGUACUAAACUUUGGAAAUGGCAAAUUUGGAAGUCAGCUGCUGAGCAAGUGUUCUAUGAGCUAGGAAUAGAUGCGGGUCCACUCAUUUCAAUGGCGGCGUUUUCUAGGUAUCGGAAUAAUAUAUACCGAGACUCGGUGCUUUUGGUAAUUAUGGAUGCACUGACUUCUUGCCUCUCUGGAAUGGUCAUCUUUUCAUUUGUUGGAUUCAUUGCAAGCGAGUCAAACAGCAAUGUAAAUGAUGUUUUAAAGCACGACCCUCUCUACCUGUCAUUUACAGUUUACCCGGGUGUCACAUCAUUCAUGUAUUGGGGAGGUCUCUGGGCAACGUUGUUUUUUGGAAUGUUGGUUUUAGCAGCAAUUGAUGCAGAAUUUGCAUGGCUUGAAAUGAUAGCAUCUGCAUUUAUGAAUCACUUCUCCAUGAAAAACAAAGCAGUGGAAAACAGGCUUUUGGCAUUUCUUUGCUUAGCAGGGUUUUUUCUUGGUUUACCGUUGUGUGCUCAAGGUGGGAUUUUUGUAUUUCAUGCAAUUGAAAAUCUUAACGCUAACUGGAACUCGUUCUCCCUAGCGUUACUCUCAGUGGCUAUUGUAUGUUAUGUGUACGGGAUCGACAACUAUUUGACGGAUAUUUCUGCAAUGCUGCGAGUUCCAAGAAUUCAGAUAUCAAAGGCGACAAGAUUGAAAGAAAAACUAAUAUAUUUCUUCGGACCUGGUGGAAUAUAUAUAAAGUUUUCACUUUGCUUCAUUUGCCCUGUUAUCUUGACAGUUCUCCUUGUUGCUUCAGUUUUAGGAUACCAGAGAAUCUCAUUUGCUGGGCGACCAAUUCCGAUUGACUAUGAAAUUGUUGCUUGGAUUGUUAUGAUUGGACCAUUACUUGUUGUACCUUUGGUUGCAUUCAUGCAAAUACGGCAGAUCCGAAACGAAGGAAAACUUUUGAAAUCUCUUUUUGACACUUCCGAGUGGAGAGAAAGCCAAGACGACUCCCUUGAGCCAAAAGAUCUUUAUAUGCGACAAAGUGGUAAAUUUGAGAGCCCACCGAAUAGGCGAAGAACACCAACAAUUUUCACUCAUCGAGAAAACACUUAUAUGUACAUUGAUUCACGUGGACCAACAGUGAGAUCACGUGUCUUCCCACUUGGAGCUUCUCUAGAUCCGUAUGGAUGGAAGGCGGGAAGACUCAGAGAUCGUCAGCAACAAAUUGAAGAGACCGCUUCGAAUUACUCAGAGGAAGAUUCAGCGACGACAAAUUCGUUCAUGGCGUCAACUGUGAAACACAAUGAUGACAUGGAGUUAACCCUAUUUGGUUCGCCACCUGCAAUAUUAGGAGAUGACGAGAAAAUAAUGACAACCAGAUUUUCGGAAUCGAUGCCUGUAAACUAUAAAUGUCGUAAUGUUGAAGUGCCAAGAAUACCAAACAAGCUACCACAAAAUAUGGAAAGGAUGGCUCGUAAAACACGCAAGAAGCGAAGUAGCCCAUCGGCAUCCGAUCCACCCGUCCCGACAAGUCCACUCCCUCCACCGCCCAAAUUACAACACUGCCGAUCUGAGCCCCCAAUGAUGAACAGCAAAGAGUCACACUCUCCUGAAAUCAUCACACCAGGUGAUGAUUCACCGUCAAUUUCUAACUCAUCUGACGACUCAUCCGAUGACUGCUUUCGUAGAGCUACAGUCAUCCGACGGAAAACCUCCGACGACGACGCAUUCACUCAUUUCUCUACAGCAACCGCUGAAUCAAUUUCCAUUACACCCUUGGACUUUCCCAGACAGCGCUCUUUGAGUUCAGUGGCAAUUUAUGACCAGGAGCAGAAGAAUGGCAGGUCGAAAGUGUUAUCACAGUUAAAGCGGCCGAAACCAAUUGAUAUGCCGCCAAAAUAAAUUUUGUUGCAAUUUGUGAAAUAAAAGAUUGUUGAUUUUG